GUUUAUACCUGGACGUAACAGACAGGCGGCAACAUCACCGAACUUCACUCAAAUUUAACCUCAUGUUUAAGUAGUGAUAUAUUUUUUUAAUUUUCUUGUCGAGGAACCAGUGGGUUAAGCUGGUCUGUGUCAAGUUUUCUGUUUUGCUGGUGUUCAUAUUACGAACAGCGUGCUGUUUUUGACGGAGGUCAGCGGCUUUCCAGUUAAGCCAGUCCACUGACAAGAUGCUUGCCUCGGGUAGGACCGUGUCCUCCCGGCUGCUGAGGCCAACCGCGUGGCUUCCUCUCCGGCUGAGCUCCGAGCGGACGGCCGCUAGCUCCCCGCAGAAAGAGUUGAUCAAGAAACACGAACAGGAUGAGCUUCGCCCCCUCUACAUGGACUUCCAGGCAACCACUCCCAUGGAUCCCCGGGUGCUGGAUGCCAUGUUGCCAUACCAGGUGAAUUACUACGGUAACCCUCACUCCAGAACGCAUGCCUACGGCUGGGAGAGUGAAUCUGCCAUGGAGACCGCUAGGAAGCAGGUGGCUGAUCUGAUUGGAGCCGAUCCCAGGGAGAUCGUCUUCACCAGCGGAGCCACAGAGUCCAACAACAUGGCUAUCAAGGGUGUAGCCCGGUUCUACAAGGCCAAAAAACGUCAUGUGAUCACCACUCAGACCGAACAUAAGUGCGUCCUAGACUCGUGUCGGAUUCUGGAGUCCGAAGGAUUCGAUGUUACUUACCUGCCGGUCCAGAAGAACGGCCUGCUGGACCUAGAGUUGUUGGAGGCCUCCAUCCGUACUGACACCUCUUUGGUGUCGGUGAUGACCGUCAACAACGAGAUCGGAGUCAAGCAGCCCAUCAAGGAGAUUGGUCAGAUUUGUCGCUCAAAAGGAGUCUUCUUCCACACUGAUGCUGCUCAGGCCGUUGGGAAGAUUCCCAUCAGCAUCUCUGAUUGGAAGAUCGAUCUGAUGUCCAUCAGCGGUCACAAGAUUUACGGACCCAAAGGUGUGGGUGCGUUGUACGUGCGUCGCAGGCCAAGGGUGCGUUUGGAGCCAAUACAGAAUGGCGGCGGGCAGGAGAGGGGGCUGCGCUCUGGCACUGUCCCCACCCCUCUGGCUGUUGGACUGGGAGCCGCCUGUAGCGUCGCCCAGAAGGAGAUGGAGUAUGAUCAUCAGCGGGUGUCCAUGCUGGCUAAUCGUCUGGUCCAGAAGAUCAUGUCUGAGAUUCCUGAUGUCAUCAUGAAUGGAGAUCCAGAACAACGUUACCCUGGCUGUAUCAACCUUUCUUUUGCCUAUGUGGAGGGAGAGAGUCUGCUGAUGGCACUGAAGGAUGUUGCUCUGUCCUCAGGGAGUGCAUGUACUUCAGCGUCUCUGGAGCCAUCAUACGUCCUCAGAGCUAUUGGAGCAGAUGAAGAUCUGGCUCACUCUUCCAUCAGGUUUGGUAUUGGCAGGUUCACCACUGAAGAAGAGGUUGACUACACAGCAGAGAAAUGCAUCGAGCAGGUCUGCAGACUCAGAGAGAUGAGUCCUCUGUGGGAGAUGAUUCAGGAAGGCAUCGACCUGAAGAGCAUCAAGUGGACGCAGCAUUAGACUCCUCCCACUUCUUGCCCACUUCGACAUGAUGUUUCCCAAAAGACUGAGGGAACAGACCAGCUUUUUCUUCCUGUAAACAAACACGCACAAACUCCCUGUCGGACUUGAAGUCUGUCUGUAGCUGUAGCUCAGUGUCUCUGUAGAAGCUCCUCCAGUUGCUCUCUCAGGAGAUGUUGCUCAGACAGUUGACCAACGCACAGCAAUCUCUUCUUUUUCUUCUGUUGCCCAGAAGGUUGCUUCUUUAUCUCAGAUGAAACGUUUUCAGAGGCUGUGGCACGCUCUGAGACCUAAGAUGACAUUUAUGAGAAAUACAUCCUCUUUGGUUGUCUCAAACAAAAUAUGGUACUGAUUGUGCGACAUGUCCAUCAGUGGCCGAUUUGGGGCUUUGAUGACCAAAGACUGCCCGCAAAAAAUUUGAAACAGACAUCCAGGACCAUGUUUUCACAGCAGGGCUACUCAAACAAAGCAGUUCAGAAUAAAAUAAUAAAGGAUAAACCAGUCUAACAUGUCAUAUUUUUUAAUAAGGGUUAGGGGAAGGCAAAUUUGCGGGCACACACACAAACCAAUAUAAUGGUCUAUGACUUACUCAUAUGUCUCUGUCCUUAUUAUUUUUUUCUAAAAACAUUGCUGCAAUGUAAUCAACUAUGCAUCCAUUGCACAAUUUGAUAUGCAUCGGGUAUCUUUGACCAAGAUUUGUCUAAAACUGGUCUUGCACGGGGUGACAGACAUGUAGUAAAUGGCACAGAGGUGCUUUUAAUCUGACACUCUAGGUGAUCUGACUUCACUCAAUCUAACAUCUUGAUGACUGGUAUCAUGAAGCUGGUUAACAGACAGCUUAGUAACACUUGUUUCACUAAUGCACUUGUGAGCGUGUCUGUGGGAAAUGGUCAUCUGUCAAAUAUAUCUCAGUAAUGUAGUGUAAAAGACUUCAAACUGGAGUGAAACUGAGUAUUGAAAACCUGAAAAGUCUUUUAAGCAAUCGGUAUGCCGGGGCUUAUGGCAAGUGUGUUUCCGUAGCCCUUUCAUUCUUUGAAUUCCAGUAAUCACCCUGUCAGCAGAGCCAAAGAGCUAUGCAGAAAGACCCAAUCAGACAUUCACUCAACUAGAACAAAAUAAUUUAUAAUUUACUGAGUCAAGCAGUUGUUCAAACAUCCAUUGGUGUUUGAACAGGCAGUGGGUUCAAUGAUCAACAUGCAUCUUUCUCCAGGUUUUAUUUUAAACUUAAAAGGAUCUUAUAUUCAGCGAUCCAACUGACCAAUUGAUGACAAGUUUUGAUAUUAUCUUGAGAAUUAACCUGCUGUGGAGAAGCACGAAUAUACGUGUGACCAACACAGUUACUUUUUACUCUUGCUAAAUGUGACCGAACUUUGUGAUACCGUCACACUCACAUUAAACCCAAAGAUAGCCACAUAAAUUAGGAAAAAAUAAAACACGAGCAACAAUCUAAGUGAUAAAAGAAUCGGAACAAAGCUGUGUUGCUUCAGCAAAGCUGGAAAGAGCAACUGAAGGCAGCAGUAUGUGAUGAUUCACCCAGUAUUUAUUUGAGUCAGACCUUUUCACUAGAGAUUCACAGGCUUAUCUCUCCAGCAUUGUUCACAGGUUAUAAACUGCCCUCUGUGUCUCAUGCUCUUGUCUUACCAUCCCACAUCAGCGUUUAUUAUUCAUUCAGUGGUAGCAUGUUGGCGUAUGAUCAGCAGUUCUCAGUGAAAUAUCCAACGAGACAGUGUUAGCAGCAGCAGUUUCAUUGUUCUGUUAGUCAGGAACACUCUACAAGUCUGCAGCCCCAAUUUUUAAAGUCAGACUUCUGUCACACGUGUCCGUGGCUUAUGACAGGAAAUACAAGAUGACUGUGAAAAUCGAAACAAAAAUAAACAAUUGGUUAAAAAAUGUGGGUCUCUAAGACUACACUGUCUGGGGGGAUUCUUGUAUUGUAUAUGUAUUGUAUUGUUUUUGAUAUAUUUACUCGUCUCCUGCAUCUACUGUAAUCUGCUGUUACUCGUCGUUGCACAUUAGUAUCCAAUAAAAUUGCUGCUUCUGGAAAUGCCAUCAA